AUGUUGCCAAUUGAGAAGGGCAUCUCACCGAGGUAUCAGCAUGUCAUAGCGCAGGGACUGCCUUAUGAUCGUGGAUAUGCUUAUGGGGAACAAGCAAAAGAGAAGAUAUUAUUCAACGUAAAUCACUAUCGUCAACUCGGAAAGCUUCCACCAUGGAAGACAAUCAUCAACGUAAUACAUCAAGUCUAUCUUCCAGCAAUAGCUAUGUAUUAUCCUUCGGGACUGGAAGAGAUGAAAGGAAUUGCUGCAGGAGCUGGAAUCUCACUGGAUGAAAUUAUCAUGUUGAACGCUCGUUACGACUUGUCUCGUGUCAAGAAGCCAGCUCUGGAUGUGAACGAAGCUAGUAUUGCUGUGGACAAUGGCGAGAAUAACGAAUGUACCAGCGCAUCAUUCCUUUCAACUACCACGGCGGAUGGAUCUGUUAUCACGGCGCAAAAUUGGGACAUGUCGGCACACCUCUUGCUCAACGAUGCAGCGGUUUACCUCGAAGUUCACCCGGAUGUUUCGGAAGGUAUACCUGCUAUGUUCAUCACUACAGAGGCUGGUGGAUUGGCUCGUUCCGGCAUGAACGCCCGUGGGCUGGGACUGACAGCAAAUGGCCUUAUGACCAACGCAGACUUUGACCCUUUGGAGGAGACCCUGCAUGCCGGUGAGAAGAAGACACCAAAGCCAAUGCUGCCCAUUUCGUUGGUCCGUCGAAUGUUUCUCGAAAGCCCGUCCUUCUCUACCGGACUCGUUGCUAUCAAUACAUCCCCGCGGCACGUAUCAAACAACCUCAUGGUAUCCGAUGCACAAGGACUGGCACUGUGCUUAGAAAUGACACCUUCACGUGUCUUCACGAUAUCACCGUCGCCAACUAGAGGUUACUUGACGCACUCGAAUCAUUUCCGUCACCCUGCAUUCCUUGCAGGUGAUGCAGUAAUUGACAAGUAUCCCGGCGGCAGCAGCUGGUAUCGUCCUGAGCGACUGGAGGCGGGCAUUCAUGAGCUGGCAGAGAAGAAACUCCUUACGGAGGAUAACAUAAUCAAGAGCUUCUCUGAUCAUGCAGGAGGGCCAGAUAGUCUUUGCGCGCACAUCGACCCCAUCAUUUUGUCUGGUCCCACGAAGGAAUUGGAAGGGUACCCGUAUGGCGGGCCUUAUUGCACAGUGUCGACCGUCAUAUAUAAUCUGUCCAAGAGAACGGCGACAGUGGGUAAAGGCCCGCCCUGCAGAGGGAUAUUUCAGACGUUUGCAUUGCCCGUAGAACCUGAAAGAUAA